AUGAAGAAGUUAACAAUUCAGCUAACCCUAACAGUUUCUUUGCCUAUAAUAGUAGGAGUGUUCUCAGUUUUAAUAAUGUUCUAUUAAAACUUAUGGGAUGCUCUCGAAGCAUGGGAAUAAGAUAGUGAAAUGUGGAUUUUGUAGACUUAAAAAUAAAUGUUGAUGAAUUCUAUUUACUCUUCUAAAAUUAUUGAAGGAUAUAGCUUUACUCAGGUGUAAAUACAUAUGAGUGUUAUAAAUAAACUAUUGAAAAAAUAUUAGAAUAAUGAAAUAACAGUUAAUAAGUAGGCUUAUUUUACAGUGUGUUCUUAUAGAGAAUUGAUUUUUAACCAAUGCCCAGAAAAUGUUUAUAGUUAAUUGAAUCAAAGCUAGUAUUAUGUCGAUUUAUAUUUCGUUAGAUAAAAGUUUAGGUAUGAUCUACUAACACAGGAAUAGCAAUACUUUAUAUAAAUGAAUGAUUUUAUUUCUUUCUAUGGAAAAUCUGCCUUUUAUGCUUCUUAGCUCGAAGGGUUAAUCUAACUUGCAUUCAUAUAUAACAAUGAUAAAACAUCAGUUUAAUAAGGAAUUCCUUCAGGAUUUUAUAAUUAUACCGACUCUGAAUAUGAGUCUUGCCUUGGUAAAGAUUUUAUUGAGCCAUAUGAUCCUAGAUGCAGAAAAUGGUACUAAUUUGCUGCUAAAAAUCAAGGAUAAUUUUUUUUUGAGCCCUAUCUCGAUUCUAUUGGAAAUGAUCUACUUAUGACUCUUUCUAGCUAAAUUACUAGAUAGAAUGAAUUUUACUCUGUAAAUAGCAUUGAUAUUUACAUGAUUAAUCUUAAAAAUAUAUUUGGUUAGACUUAAACUAAUUGCUCAUACUCUGUCUUACUUCAUGAAUUUAAUAGCACAGUAUUUGCCCAUCCUUUACUAGAUAAAAGUAAUUUAACUUCUUGGCCAGACUUAGAAUAUAAUGACUUAGCAUCCAAUUGUUAGGGUUAGUAGAAAUUCUAAGAAUGCACUUUGGAAAAGCAAUCUUUUUAAUAUUAAAUCAGUUAAACUCAAGAUUUUAUUAAAACUGGAAAUUAUUCUUUAGAAUAAAAUUAAAAUUUAGAUAAACUGUAUUAGUAAUGGUCGAAAUUCGGAAAUAAAAAAAUAAGCAUGAUUUAUCCAAUUUUAAGUUAAGUUAAUGAGAGCUAAUUACCUUACUCAUACUCUAUUGUUCUAACAGCUCGAGUAUUUACUGAUAAUAGAGAGUCUUUGAAACUAUUCAAUUUAUUAAAUGCUAAUUAUAUUAAAAUUCCAAUUUUUGUUUCUUUUAUAGCUUUAAUUGUAGCUAUUGUAGUAUUUAUUAUCAAUUUUGCUAGAUUUUAAGUGCUUUAAAUAUGGAAACCAAUUGGCUUAUUAACUACAUUUUUAAAAAAGAGUCUAUUGCAAGAUUAGUCUUGCAGCAGGACUCUUACAACUUAAUUUGAUAGGGAGACUUUGAGGUCUUAACCAACCCACUUCAGAAAAAGCUCUGAAAAAAGAUAAACUAAGCUGACUUCAACUUAAUUUGUAAACUAGCCUGACUAUAUUUAUACCUAUUUCUAAAAAUUAGAUUCAAAUGAUUCGGUAAUUCUAAGAAGCCCUUUAAGUAUCCGAUCAACCAAUUAACCUAGCUAAAAAGAAAAAUAAAUAACUGAGUCACCUCUUAGCUAAUAUAGAACGUUUAGAUUGAGCUAAUAUUCAGAAUAAGAUGAAGAUAUGCCUAUAAAAGAGGGAUAGACAGAAAGCUUACAAACAAUAAUGACAGGUAAAGUGUCAUAAUUUUAUUAGCAUAAAAAUAAAAGUAUGAUUUAAAUAGGUACGCUAAAUCAAUAAUAAUAAGAAUAGGAAAUUAUAAUGCUAUAAAAAGAAGAAAGUGAGACAAAAAAAAUCUUAAAAGGAUUGAAACCCAUGUUUUUAGAAAUGAAAGUGAUAAAAAAGACAUUUCAGGAUUUGGAGUUUGUUAUUAAUUACUCCGUUUAAUCAUCUUAGAUAAGUAGUACUCAAGAUAGUUUAAAUGCUCUUUUUCAUUUUGCCAAAGCAAAGGAGCUCUUUUUAAAGCUAAACAAUUAAACUGGUUUAAGCCGCUGUUAUUUUAAUUUGGGACUAAUAUACCUCCUAAAGUAUGAGUACAGUCUAUCUUCCGAGUAUUUUUAAUCUGCUAUAUAAAUUAAUUUGAAUUUAAUUGGAGAAGAUUAUUCGACAUUAACAAGUUAUAAACUUCUUUAGGGUUUAGAUUAGGAUUCAAAAGACUAGCUUAUUAUAUUUGCAAAAAGAAUUUUUUCAUUUGCCUACAGCUAAAAGUGCUCAGCCUUUUAAUAAAUUUAUAUAGAAUAAAAGGAAUAUUAUGAUGAUUAAUUAGAGAUGCUAAUUAAAAAUUUACAUUCUUUUUAGAUUUAUGCAAAUAAAAAAACAAAAUUAGAUAUGGAACAAUAAAAUGUUUUAUCUUUGUUGAAAGAAUCUCUAAACUAAUAUUAUCAAGUUGAAAAAAUAAUUGAAAAUCAUUACUUGGAUUUCUCUGAUAUCUUUAAAAUCUUUUUGUAUCAAGAAAUAUCUGAAAUACUUAUUUAUUUAGGCUAGAUAUAAAAAGAAUUGACAAAUUAUUUCAAAAAAAUAUAAUUCUUAUUUGUCGCCAAUAAUAUCUUCAUUUCAAAUGAUUAAUUUAAUUAAACAAACAGCAUAUUUAGGAAGAAAAAAACAAUUUAGAUAUCAAAUUACAAUGUAAAAGCUAUCAUAUGUGAAACAUUUAAGAGCAAGCAUUUAUUUUUGCUUGGAAUGACAGAGAAAGUUAGAAAAAACUGGUUACAAGCUAUUGAAUACUUAACAUAGAGUUUGGAAAUAUCUACUCACUAUGACCACUUUUAGAAAAUGAGGACAAUUUAAAUUUUAGCUAAACUUUUUUAAAAAUAUUGCUUAAAAUAAGAUUUUAUUGAUGAAGAGUAUCUAAACACAGAAUUAAGAAUCCCAAUAGAUACUACAAUUCUUCUCGAAUUAGAUCCGACAUUUAGAUAAUGCAAUUUCUUACAAAUAAUCAAUGGUUUUAAAAAGUAUAACUUUUUAGGUAAAAAUGAUAGAAUCUAAAUUAUUGUUUAUAACAGAUAAAUUAACUAAUUUAUGCCCUAUACAAUAAUUUAAAAUAAUGACCAUUGGAAAAUAAUUCUAGACUCACUAUCAAAUUUAAGAAAAGAAUUUUAUAUAUAUGAAGAAAUUACCUAAAGUUAAAUUUAGCUAUAGCAAGCCCUUAAUUUAUGCGUUGCUACUUAUAUUUAUGAACAAAAACCUUUAGAAACUACACCUAAAAUUAAGCAAAAUUUAAUUCAAAAUAAAAAUCAUAAAAUUUAAGAACUUGAUUAUACUAAAAAUAAUUAAAUUUACUUAAACAAUUUGAAAAGAAAAAAGUUACUACUCCUUUUAUCAAACGGAGACAUUUAAAGCUUUAAAUACAUAUCUUAACAAAAAGAGCUUAAGAAUCAAAGUCUUAUCAUUUAUCAUAUAAAAGAUAAGCUGAAUUAUGAAUACAAAGAAUAUCAAAACAAACAUUUAAAAUAUGAACUAUUAUCAAGCCAAAAUGAUUUGAUUGCAAAAUUAAGUAAAUUGAGGUUAAAUGAAAACAUAGAUUCAUAAAGUGUAAAUAGAUUAACUAAAAUGAUUUCAUUGUAAAUGCAAAAAAAGUUUCCAAAAAUAUUAGAUUCUUAGAUCAACAUUAUCAUUAUAUGCGGACAAAAGUGA